GCGUUUCCUGUCACUUCCGGUCUGUGUAUGCUAGUGCUCUGAACCAACGAUAAAGCUUUUCUAAAUCACGCAUCGUUACUGCUCCUCGUGUGGUGGUUUGGACUAUCUCCAGGUUUUAUUCCGAACAUGUCCGGUACCACGUCGGAGCUCGACCUGGAGGUUCCUCUGAUCGCGCUGAACGUUAGCGUGAGGAAAAAGUUAGGACUUUAUCUGAACAUCAAACACACGGUGGCUGCCGACUGGAUGGAUGUUGCACAAGCGAUGGGUUUCGACUAUCUGGAGAUUCAGAACUACGAGACGUGCGAGAAUCCGACCAAAGCUGUGCUGAAAGACUGGGCGGCUCGAAAAGAAGCCACGGUUGCAAAGUUGUUGUCCAUCCUCGAUGAAAAAGACCGAAAAGACAUUUUGGAAGAUCUCCGACCUCAGAUAGUUGAGGAUGUCAGGAAGUACAAGGAAAACCUGGAGAAGAAGAGCGAGUCCCCUGUCCAAGUUCCUGAGGUGGACAGCUGUGUCCCUAAAACCCCAGAGAGGGUCGGCAUCACCGUGGAGGACGAUCCAGAAGGCGCUCCUGAGAUGUUCGACGCCUUCAUCUGCUACUGCCAGAGCGACUUCCAGUUUGUCCACGAGAUGAUCCGGGAGCUGGAGCAGACGCAGUACAAGCUGAAGCUGUGUGUGUUUGACAGAGACGUCCUGCCCGGCUCGUGUGUUUGGACCAUCACCAGUGAGCUCAUAGAGAGGAGGUGUAAGAGAAUGGUGGUGGUGAUUUCUGAUGAAUACCUUGAGAGCGACGCCUGCGACUUUCAAACCAAGUUUGCCCUCAGCCUCUGCCCCGGAGCUCGAAGCAAACGUCUCAUUCCAGUCAUCUACAAGUCGAUGUCCAAACAAUUCCCCAGCAUCCUGCGCUUCCUGACAGUGUGUGAUUAUACCCGACCCUGCACACAGGCCUGGUUUUGGGUUCGGCUCGCCAAAGCUCUCUCGCUGCCAUAAGCACCGACCAGGAGCUGAACUGCAUUAAUACGUGCCUCUUUUUAUAAUUCCAUGGGAAUUAGGAGAAAAAUGGUCGGUCAUGGCAGAAAUCCCUGUUGCACUGGCGUAGAGUCAUUGAUUAUUUUUCUGCAUAUUUGCCUCCCACUUGCAUUUCAUUCGAAGAUGACUCAUCUUUCGCGCACCUGCACAAAUAUCAGCAAACUUCUCACAGCACAAAUAAAUGAUAUUUUUAACAAACCCUGCAAGUGUAGCAUAGAUUCUGCUUGAUGCUCUCUAUAUAAUCGCUGAAUUCUCUGCAAGCUUUCAGUGGGGCUUACUUCCUUUUUAUGGUCAUAUUUUAUAUGAGAUUAUAGCUGAUGUGGAAGCAGUAUUGUUGCUGUGAUACUUGCACAUGGUCUUUUUUAUCAUUAAGAAAAAUGUAACACCCACUUUUAACUCUUGUGCUGUUUGUUUUGUAAAUUAAAUUUUGUACAAAAGUUUUAAUUAAAAGAAUAAAUAUCUGCUGCAUUGCA